CAGCCUCCUCUGGCAGUGACGUCAGGGAGACGUAAAGGCAAACCGGUGUUGUCCAUCAGUCAUAGCAGUACCUGCCGCAAUCAUUAUCACAUUUCAUCAUGCUCUCCAUGUCCGACUUCGCUUCCUGUGGCAGCUACGAGGAGUGCAGCGCCACGGCGGAUUGGCUGCGCUCCCACACUCAGGUGCGCCCGACGGUGGGGAUAGUGUGCGGCUCGGGUCUGGGGGGGCUGGCGGAAAUGCUGAAGGACCCCCAGGUCUUCAAAUACAGCGACAUUCCCAACUUCCCCCGCAGCACAGUGCACGGCCAUGCGGGUCAGCUGGUGUUCGGCACGCUGAAGGGGAAGCCGUGCGUCUGCAUGCAGGGCAGGUUCCAUCUGUACGAGGGGUAUCCCAUCCAGAAGAUCACGUUACCCAUGCGUGUCUUCAAGUUGCUGGGGGUGGAGACCAUGAUCAUGACCAACGCAGCGGGGGGCCUCAACCAGGACUACAAGGUGGGUGACGUGAUGAUCAUCAAGGACCACAUCAACAUGCCUGGAUUUGCUGGGAUCAACCCGCUGGCCGGGCCCAAUGAUGACAGGUUUGGCGUUCGCUUCCCCUGCAUGUCCGACGCCUACGACCGCGAGCUGCGGCAGCUGGCGCACGACGUGGCGGCAGAGCUGGGCUACUCGGACUUCCUGCAGGAAGGCGUGUACUGCGUCCUCGGCGGUCCGUCCUUCGAGACGAUCGCAGAAUGUCGGAUGCUGCACAGUCUAGGCGCAGACGCAGUGGGCAUGAGCACAGUCCACGAGGUGAUAGUGGCCCGCCACGCUGGAAUGAGAUGCUUCGCCCUGUCUCUGAUCAGCAACCGAUCGGUGAUGGACUACGACAGCCAGGAGAAGGCCAACCACGAAGAGGUCCUGGAGACGGGCAGACUGAGGGCCCAGCAGCUGGAGAAGCUAGUGUCCACCAUGGUGACUCGGCUCGACAACGACAACAACAACUCUUUCUGACAGACCUGCUCCAUCCCAGCAGCAGCGCGUUUCCAACAAACACUCCUACAUGUUGCUGUAGCAAAAGAAAUCUUGUGUCUUAUUGUUCUAUUGGUCUUACGAUGCCUGACACUGGUCUCUCUGAUACACUCCUUUAUCUUUGUUUACACGUUUUAGCCGUAAGUUGACUUGCUGCUCUUCAUUGUAACCACAUUAAAAACCUCACCUGAGUUUUUAAUUCAGUCUAAAUGUUGAGAAGUAUUUAAUAGAGCUUCACAUUCCCACAUGUCUGCAAAACUACCAUUUAAUGUGUGCGUGCAGGCGGAUGUCUUUACAUGUUAACUAUUUUAAAAUAUUUAUGCUAAAAGUUAUUUAAGAUGUGGUGGAUUUUUCUAUUGUUUCUAUAUGAAUUAAAAUUAAGAAGGGAAGAUGUAUUUUUCAAGGGAAUGCCUCCAAAGUAUAACAAUGAAAUUCUUCAUCGUUGUUUAUCCACAGGCUGGAUGAUGGACAGUUUGUGCUUUUAUAUGUAUAAACUGGACGACCAGCGGAUGGGACUUUACAUUAAAAUCCAAACCUGGAAA